AUGGCUUCCGAGACUGAUGAGGUUGUAUGUGUACAGUUGCAAACCUUCCAUCGGGGUUAUCUGAUACAAGAAGACCCAAAGGAGACCAAGAAAAAUGAGGAUCAACUUUCUAUUGUCAGUUCUCAUGCCUUUUUAGUGCCGGUUCUUUCAGAUUGCGAUUCCUCUGAUGCCCAGGCGUCACAAACGGAUACAGACGGUUGUAGCAGCCUUUCAGCCAUUGCAAACAUUGUGAUAAGCCAGGAAGUGGCCAACAGGUGCUGCGAAUUUGUGAUGAAACUAAAGAAGCAUAUCACACAAACUGCUGCACAGAGAUUGAUGACGGGAGGGAAAAAUGGAUAG